UAUUCCGAGGCUCCAAACGUGGCGACUGACUGACUUCCUGCCAGACUGUACAGGAAUCCAUUACUCAUUCACUGAACAAUAGUCUAUACUUACCACAGGGCUUAAAUAUUAAUAUUUAUUUUGUUAGUAAUCACAUCAAGGUCUGGCAGCUGACGAGAACGUAGAUUUCUUCAAGAUGAGUGCGUCAGGAGAAUUCGGUAACCCACUCAGAAAAUUCAAGCUUGUAUUUCUAGGAGAACAGAGUGGUAAGUCUCUCUACAUUUACAUACUACUAUUUCUAGGCUUCUACACUGACACUAGACUAAACUUAAACAUAUCAACACUAACUGGUAACUAUCACAUCACUAGUACAAGUAUCAAAUGUCUAAAUGAUAAAUCAGUAUUAGUAUUGUCACUAGACUACGUGAAUACGACUACUCACUCCUGAAAUGUUGUACGACACUGAUGCCAACUCACUGACCGAUGCUGAUAUAAACAACUGAAACUGAAUAAUGUUAGGAGCCAUAGCCAUAGUCUGAACUAGUCAUAAUAAAUGUUUAGUUUGUAAUGUACUACUCACUAGUUACUAGUAGGACCUAAUUAACAAAGGACAAGGUACUGUGAAGACAGUAAAGUGGUGCUACAACUAUAGUGCAGUUAGUAAGUUAGACUAGUCUCACUAGACUGUGACUAGUCUACAGUGUAGUGGAGCUACGUCUACAAUUCUGUAAGUAUUAGUUUUUUAGUACUAGUUAGUUACAACUUAAGUACCAAGACACAAUAAUAAUAAUAAUAAUAAGUCUAAGCUUAUCAAAGUAGACCAGCCCCAUUUUUUUUACAAUUUAACUAUUUAAAAGUCACAUUCACAUAGUCCAGAUAGUUAAGAAAUGAAUAGCAAUUAAUUAGUAGCAAAAAAUAAAUUUAUUGUAGAUCACAGAAUUAAUUUUAUUACUGUAUGUCUCAUUCUUCUGUGUCACAGCUAAGCAUCUGCACAUAUGUCUAUAAUCUUUCAGAUAAAGUUAGAAGGGCAGAGAUCUUAUUUUCAAAUUUUAUUGCAAUCACAUCUAUUUUACUGUUCAAAAUUAAAAAACAACUCUUGUAAUUGGGUUAUAAACUAAUAAAAGAAUUAUGAAAAAGGCAAUGUUGGCAUCCCAUUUCUAGUUUUACCUUAUUACGCCUAUAUUUUUACUUUUCGGCCUAUUGACAUUGGAAUGAAAUCAAACAUUUUCACUUAGUUUUCAGUUUGGUUUAGAAUCUAGACUUUUAGGCUUCUUUAAGCCCUUUAAAUCGGAAAAUACAAAAAUAGUUAUUAUCAUAGUUACUUAAAGUCUAACGGGCAUAAUUUUUCUGCCUUUUUUCUAAAUACAUGUACUUUAAGGUCUAAAUUUGGUAUUAGAAAUUCCAGAACAAACCUGUUUUCUUAAAUAUAAAUUCUUCAACUUAAAGUAAUUAUUAAAUAUUUUUAAAUUAUUUCAGUUGGAAAGACUUCGCUCAUCACAAGGUUUAUGUAUGACAGUUUUGAUAAUACUUAUCAGGUAUACAAGUAAUAACAGUUUUAAAUUAGGAAUUAAGAUGUUGCAGUAUGAGUGACUUUUGGAUUUAAUUUCUUAACUAAAGACAAAAUAUUAGUCUUAUAUUAUAUAUAGUAAGGGGAAAUGAACUUGACUUUAAUGUUGCACAGAUUAUGUCUUCUUAAACAGCAGACACCAAUGAACAUAAUACUUUUGCCUGUGCCGUCAAAACUGUUUGAUUUGAUGAAUCAUCUCUUUUGAUGCUUUUAGUUACCUGAAUUCCUAGACUUUUAAAAAGAAUAUGUUUCAAACCACACUAGCAUAAUAUAUAUCCAAUUUUUUCAUAAGUAGGAUUUUCUUCCAGGACAAUUUUAGAAUAAUAAUUUGUGCACCUUUUCAACAAUAAAAUUAAUUUUUUCUCCCGCAGGCCACAAUAGGAAUAGAUUUUCUCUCUAAGACUAUGUACUUAGAGGACCGAACGGUAAGUCUGUAAUUAAUUGUAUGUAUAAGCAACACCGUAAACCAAAAAAUUGGUACAAAAUUUACAAGUUAUAUAUUUACACUCACUCUAGUGCUUGGUUUUGUUGAUUUUCUUAGAUACGACUUCAAUUAUGGGACACUGCAGGGCAAGAAAGGUUUCGCAGUUUAAUUCCAAGUUACAUUCGAGAUUCUUCUGUAGCCGUUGUUGUAUAUGAUAUUACAAGUAAGAACUACUUCUCCAUUUAAUUUUUUAAAAUCCUUUAAGAUCAAUAUUAAAUUUUUAAUAAUGUAAUGAUGCCUUGAUACUAAUGUAAAAAUUUAUGUUACUUUAAUUAUCUCUCUUUCUCCUAAAGUUCUCAACACUUAAUAGUUUUAAAUUACAAUUUGUAAUUCUCUCUAAAAGUUCUACACAUACCAAUUCAAUUAAUUAUACUCCUAGAUGCAAAUUCCUUCCAUCAGACAUCAAAAUGGAUUGAUGAUGUACGAACAGAACGUGGUAGUGAUGUUAUAAUUAUGUUAGUAGGGAACAAGACAGAUCUUUCUGACAAAAGGUAUGUUUAUUUUACACCAUUUAAAUCCAAGUCAAUUACCGGGUAUUAUCAAAUUUGAAAUUUUUUUUUAUGCACUAGCAUAAAAUAACAUUUCUCAUACAAGCUUAGUGAGUUGAAGUCCUAUACUUAACACCUUUUUUUUUAUUUUCUCCUAUCCUAUUUUUAUAUUUACAAAAAAAUAUUUAGCUCUGAAAUCUUUUUUUCUGUUCCAACUAGGCAAGUUUCAACAGAAGAAGGUGAAAGGAAAGCAAAAGAGUUAAAUGUGAUGUUUAUUGAAACUAGUGCAAAAGCUGGUUACAAUGUUAAACAGGUAGGACUUUUUAAAAAAAAUAUUUUUUUAAACUGUAUAAUAUGUCCUAGUCUAAGAAAGAUUUGUCUAUAUCUUAUGUAUUCUAUCUCAUAUUAAAUUGCCACAUUCAUAAUUUAUUUCACAAACCAGACUUCCUAAAUCUUAUAUUGCGGUUUAUUACUAAAAGUUGCUGAUAAUAAUUCUAUAUGAAAAAUAGUUACCUCUGUAAAAUUUAUUGAUUAGUUAUAUAUGUUAAAAUAGUAUCUUUGACUUGUGUUUUUCCUUUUUAAAGAUGUUUAGUCUUCCAUCUUGUGAACAUUUUGUAAAAAAAAAAAAAGAAGAAGCUGAAUUAAAAUGUCAUACGGACUGUAUUAUAAUAUUUUGACAUGUUCAUCCCAUGUAUUCAGUUAUUUAGAAGAGUUGCUGCAGCUUUACCAGGCAUGGAACCUAAAGAUGACAAAAAUACAAGUAUCCUUUUUCAGAUUAUUUUUUUUUAAAAUUUGUUUUUUAAUUUAUCUACGGUUAAACUUGGUACGGGCGGCCCAGAGUCAAAUCUGCUGCGCGCUUUAUUGGUACAUUGAAGUUUACACAUGGGAUAUGUACUCGCACAAAGAGUCAAAUUCAGCUUAAGCCAUAGGUCUAUUGAUCUUCAUGCCCAAAAGGAUAUAAAGUUGAUUUAUGUUAAGUUCAAGUACAUUCAAGUUUGAUGAUUAUUUGAUGAUAGCUGAGACCAGUAUUGCCAUAACGGGUAAGUUGUAAUUUUAAUUUUGACUAUUAAUGUUCAAAGUUGUUCUUUUGUUUUGUUAUCUUACCUGAGUUGCCGCAACGCACUGAAUUGCUUUUUAAAUAUUUUUUGAAGUUCACCAUGUCAUAUUUUGGCCACAAGUGUCUAUGCUAAGUAAUUGUGUUAUCGAAUCCACUGUCUGGUUCUUUUUGAUGGAUGGUUCACCUUAUCACACAUCUAAUGAUAGGCAGGGUCUUUUUUUUUUCGAUGUCUGUCAAAAUGGCUGAGCCAAAGUGUUCGCUUUCAUUGUGAUUCAGUUAAUGCUCUAUGUUUUGAUUCGGUUGAUCCUAGUGUUUUUGUGCUGUAUUCUUACACACCUAUCUAGGCUAGAGCAAGUCAUGUCUUUGGUUAUACAACUAUUUUACUCAGUUGUUUUUUUUUUGUGAGGGGCAUCCUAAAAGUCUUAUCUGUUUUGUAUUGUUUCAUAUGAAGAUUUUCCCAAAUUUUAAUGAAUUGAGAAAAGCAUGUGCCGGCAUUAAAUAAGUCCUGACUUUAAACUUUUUCCUGCCAUUGUAGCUUUCACAAUUUAAUACUCUGUUUCAAGUAAGAAUGAUGCUAGGUUUUGAUUACUUUAACAGUAAAUUAUGUUGGAUUAAAGUCGUGUCAGUUUAAACCACGAAAAGAGCAGUUAUCCAAAUAUCGUGCAUAGGUAGGGAAAGCAUGAAAUUUAAAGUCGACAAAUGUUCCUUGACACUAUUUUUUUACCCAGUGACAGAAGUAAAGUUGAAAGAAGCCCCCAUAGUUGCUCCACCCCCUGAGGGAGGCUGUGCUUGUUGAAGACAGAAACAUUAAAUUUCAGAGAGGCCUGUGGUUUGGGUUAUAAAUUAGCUGUAUCAAAUAACAAUGGAAAGCCUGGUAAUCACAUACAUUGAGUGAAGUGGUGACUGCAAGGCAUACAAAGGCAGCAGUAAUGUACUAUCUGGGUUAUUGAUUGAACUUAAGAAUGCAAGAAAGUGAGAAUCAGCUGAUUUGCGAUGAAUACUUUAUAAUGAUUACAAAUGAUCCUGAAAUGUUUUUUGGCCUUAAUUGCAUUUACCAAACAAUUUUCGGUAUCACAUUCAUCUAACAAGCUUUCUUGCCCAGUGGUUACUUGAUGGCAUCUCUUGCAUUAAAUGUGUAAUGAUGAAAAGUUAAAAUGCUAUCACAGUUUAACUCUGAAAAUGAAAAGAUAGCCGACACGAAACAAAAUGCUUGAUUUUAUCUAAGUUCAUUUACCAUGACCUGAAUAUACUUUUAUUAAAAUUUACACAAAUUGCUCACUUUUGUAGUGAAAAAAUGUGAAACCAGAAGGAAAAAAGAAUGAGUUUCAAUUGAAACAGACUGUUCUCAGUAAUUAUCAACAUUAAAUUUAGGAUUUUUAAAAUGUUGAUCCUUCAAGGUUAUAAAAAUACACUAACCAAUCAAUAACUUAUUGAACAGUAACUGAUGAAGAAAAAAAGGGUUUAUGGACCCAAAUUUAAAAAUAUUUUUUGUCAGGAAUUCAAGUUAUCAUCCUCUUGCAUUUUAGUCAAACUAAAUAUUAUUGAGUACUGAUGCUAGUCCAACAAUUAAUUGUCCUGAAAAGUAAUACUGAAAAUUUAGCAGAUGAUAAAGUUGGAAAUAUAAAAAAAAGUUAAUAUGAAAACUUGAGAACAAAUUCAAAGCAAGAUAAAUUACCAGUAUUCCAAAAUAUAUUUUAUUCUUUGUUGAUGAUAAAAUUCUUGGAACUUUUUUGUAUUUAAAAAAAAAGCUUAACUUUAUACAAUGAAUUAGUGUGUAAAAUUUGACCAACCCUUUCCUCAUGCCCGUCCACACUAGCUGUUCUCUGUUUUUCUAAUAUAUAGUUUCACGCAAUGGGACAACACUGUAAUUCUGCAUUCUAAGGACUUGUUAAUUUAAUGAGUUAAAAAAAAUUUUUUUUUAAUAUAAUGGGUUAAAAAAAUGUUUAACUAACCAUAAAAAAUGGUUUUAAAAAAAGCUAUAUUUCACUCUGUAUUUUUUAGUCAAAGCCUUUCCUAAUGUAUGUUAUGUCGAUUUCCAAAUCCAAUGUUCAUCUGUAAGGUUUUUUAAUUAGAAUUUGCGACAACAAAAUAUAGAUCCACACACAUUUCUAAAGGUUUUUAAUUAAAUUUUAUUGGUUAAUUAACAGUUUGCAUGUACAUAUCCAUCCUAGUUAUUUGAGCAUCAUGAAUAAUGUGUAGUGUUUAGUUUUGUUCAUUUAAAACCGUUUAAGUUAUUUUUGCUUUAGAUAUUGUGUUCCUUAACUGUUCCCUCAGUGCAUGAUGUGAUCCUAAAGCCGGAGACCCCAGCUGAACCUCAGACACAAGAGGGAGGCUGUGCAUGCUAAACAUAUCUCUCUUGUAUGUGGCUCUCUUCCUAGCAUUAUCUCCUGAUUUGUGAUUCACCCAUAAUAGCAUUGCCUGAGAACGACUCCAUAGUUAACUGCCACCUGAUCCACCUCCCUGGUGUCACCAGCCUUGUGUGUCUUACAACGGGAUUCUCAUCAUUCCAUUUUUAUGUGCACCGGAGCAGCCCGGCUUCAUGAUUAAUAUUAAGUAGGUAGUAAUCGGUGAUAUCGUUUAAGGAUGAGCUUCCAGGGUGGUCCCAAUAAUAGUGACACUCUGGUAUAGGCUGGGUCUUGUAAUAACUUAACAAAACUCUGCUUUGUGGUUUUCCUCAGAUUUCUUGACAUUAUUAUGAGCUUGUUUUCUUGGUGAUAUAAAAAAUUUAGUCAGGUAUUUUACUUGUAUGUAGGUUGUUUUGGGACCAUCCUGGAGUACAUUUUGAAAUGUUAAUGUAUUUCAUUUAUAUUUUUAAAUAAAAUACACUUUAAGGGGCUCCAUUUUUUUGAUAAUUUUUUUAAUGAACAGUUUUUGUCACAAACAACUGCCUGUUUUUCUUCUUCUUGACUGGCAAUGAAUCAAUGUUUUAAAUUGACAUACAUUUUGAAACAUGGAAAUUGACAUCAAGAAUGGUGAAAAUACACUCACAAAUAACUUAUAAUCCAAAUCAAAACAUGAGAAUGGACAAUUACAGCCAAUAUUUGAACACAUCUGAGUUAUGAAAUUAAAUUUUGCAAGGAAUAUCUGCUCCAUAAAUAUUUAUUACAUGUGAACAUAUGCUUACAACCUUCCUGCAUUACAAAUGGACUAAUAUUUUAUAUAUUAAAUGCAACAAAACUAGAUAACGGUAGCUUUAAAAUCUGAAGCAUGUUCUCUUAUGUGUAUGAGGAAAAGAAUGUAAAUUCUGUCCAAUUUUGGCUUAAUUAACAUUUUUUUUUUCUGGUUGUGUAAUUUUUCUUGAGUAGAAUGACUAUUGUAACGUUUAACAUUAUGAAUGAUUUAUUACAAAUUGCAUUGAAUUUCAUAUUUCAUUUUUGUGUGUUAGUUUUUAUUACAUUACAAACAAACACCCAUCCAAUUGUGAUUUUUUUGUUACAUAGACUUAUGCUCUGGAUUUAUGAUCAAAAUCUCAUUCUUUCAUUAUUUUUUUCACUUGCCUCAUGUCUGUCACCCAUCAGUUUGGUUUCUUAUAAUUUAUAAUAAGAAUCUCAAACCCCUUUGCCACAUGUUCCCAGUGCAUUGGCUGAGCUGGUGGAUUUAAUCAGUUUAUGUCAUGUACAUAAGUAUAGUGUUGGUUUGGAUUAAAAACAAACAUUUGAAAUUAUAAAAAACAGAAACCGCAACAUUUCAAGCUUUGCUAGUAAUAAAUCCCUGAGCAAAUUUUAUUGUGUAGACUAGGGAAUCUUUUUCGUAGUGUGUAUUCCUAUUUGAUUACAAUUGCCAGUUACAAAAAUAGUUUUUAGUGUCUUUAGCCAAGAUUUUUGUAGUGUCUAUAGAUAGAUAGCGGAUUCUUCGAGAGCUCACGUUUUCAAUGUCUUUAGAUAGAUAAGGGAUCCACUGACAACAAAGAUUUCAUUCAAGAUUACCAAAUUUUCAAACACCUAUUAACAGAUGAUUUCACCCUUUUAGUUAUUAAAGUCUUCAAAGGGUAAAGAUUUUUGCUUAUAAAGUUCACUUCUGGCUCUCCUAUGAAAUUCAGGCUACUUCAUUGACAUUUUUGAAAUCAUUGAACCUGAUAUAUAAUUUAAAUGGCGAGUACUUAAAGUUGGCUAAACAAAACCAAGUAUCAUUUCACCUCAGCUCUUCUCUUCUAACUAAAACGUUUUCUUAUUUCCCAUACUUAUUUUACAUAUGUAACAUAGCUAUAAACUAUUCAGGCUGAACAAGUUUCUUGGGAUUGUUAUGUUUUUGGUUACUAAGACAUACAAUUUUCAAAGUGCUGGUUUCAGUCAUUUGUUCGGUGUGGGUUUGUUGUCUACAAAAAUAGGUUAUCCUUACAAUACACAUGAAACUGUUCCACAAGUGCAUUUCGCUUUACCCUGAAGGUAACCCUGGGUAGAUAAAAACAUGAAGACUAGACUUUAAAUUUAAACAAGUUAAAGCGUCAAAGACCAACAUUUAAAAAAUUUUUAAUCUGAAAUUACUCGUGUAUUAUAUUACAUCAUUAUGGCAAGGUCUAUGUCUAUUAAAGAAAGGGAUAUAUUAAUCAUACAAUUCCUUUUAUUUAAUUUUGAAAAGCUGAUCUAUGUGCAUACUCAUAACCCAAGACUAACUGGUUGAUUUUCAGUGUUUGUUUGAUUGCAAAUAUAUUGAGAGUGCAAUCAGUGCUGCUUUAUGAAUGAUGAUAUACCGUAUUUAUUGGCUAAAACGCGCACUUUUUCUCCCCCAAAAUAGGGGGCAAAUCAUGUGUGCGUGUUAUACGCCAAUAUGUUAGUUUUUUUCCCUGAAAUUUCCUGCUUACAUUGAGGUGCGUGUUAUACGCCAAUAAAUACGGUACAUUAUGGUGUUUUUUCCCCCCACUUAUAUUAACUUAAAAUUAAACUUUUAAUUGAUUUUAAUUUCACUCAUGUUUUUUUUUAUGUACAUUUUUCUUCUAUAUUCUCAUUCAUCUGUCAUUUAAGAAAUGAAAACCAAUACAAGAAUUUCCUGCCAGAAGUUCACAGAAAUCAGAUGUUAUCAAAAUGGGGAGGACAUAAUUAUGAGCUACUCUUGCUUUAGUUUUCAUUCCUUUUUUAACAAGAACACCUUUUAAAUUACAUAUUUUAUUCGAGAUGCUUUUUUUAAUAAAAAAAAGGAAAUUCUGUCACAUCCAACUUAUCCCUCUGUUAGAACUUUAAGGACAAUAUUAUUUUAAAGAUUGCAUAUUUUCCAAGGGAAUUGUGUUUUUUGCAGGAGUAGAUUUAUUUUUUAAACUGGCGAGUGCAAAUUAUGUCAUUAAUUUGUCUUCUAUUUAUUUUCAAUUUCUUUGUACAUAAAAUGUUAAUGAGGGUGUAUUGUUUUGGAUAUAUUGGUAUUAUAACAUAGCACUAAUGUGUGUUUUUGGUACUGUGGAUAGUUAGCAGGAAGCAGAAUUAAUUUAUUUGUUUGAUUGAAAUUAAUUAUUGAGUAUAUUAAGAAUAAAAACCAAAAAAAUGAAAAUAGAUCAUUUUCCCUUAGCAAUGGUCGUAGCAUUCAUGAAUGUUAUCUCUGUCUUGUAAUGAUGUUUUCGCUACAUUCUUUUUUAACAAAACGCUAAGUUCAUAGAAUUGUUUUUAAAAAAACAUGCUGUCUUUGUCUUUCUUGCAGUUUGAAUGUUUCAGGUGAACUACUCCACUAUUAACAGUGUGGUGAAAGUUAUUUGAACAAAAAACAACAAAACAAAAUAAGAAUUUGGGGAGUUUUAUAAAAAGUAAAUGUGAAAUUAGUAAUGACUGAAGGGCAUGGAUUUUUACCAUUUUUACACUGUGAGGUGUCUUAACACUGCCUUUUGUAGAAUCAGGUUGUCUGUCUUUAUGCAAGUUAGAUUGUCUGUCGCAUGGAAUUUUUUAGAAGUGGUUCUCAACCCGCAUGGCCUGAGAAUUAAAUAGUCAUCACACAUGUCCACGUAUUUUUUCUUCUUUAAUCAUGCUAACGUUAAGGGUUGUAUCCAUAUUAAAAGGUGGGGAGGGGGUGGGUGGGUGUAAGGUAAUAGGACACAUGAAAAUAGGUAACAUAUUCAUUAGACUAGCACAGAGCUCAUGAAAUGUAAUUAUACUUGUAGACAAACUUCUAAAAGAUACCAUGACAGUAUAUGGGAUCGUAUUUGAUUUGAGGUGAUAAGCCACAAACUAAUGAUGCAUUCUCCGAUGAAGGAGGCUGAGAACUGCUGUUGUAGUGUCUGCUUCCCCCCCCCCUCUUUGUAAACCUAUAAUGUAUUAUACAUGUUGGCCAAUCUGUGCUUUGUGUUGUUUGCUUAUGUUACAAUGUAUCAUUUGAGGGAUUUAUUUAUUAAACAUUUCAUUUACACUAGUUGCAAUUUUAUUUUUUAAAGUUCAUAUUAAAAAAAAAAUUGUUUAGUAACGCAAAACUAUUUUCAGGAUCUAGCUUGCCAACUGACUACUAACAACUGACAACUGAUCUGUGUUUAUUGCUAGAUUUUUCCUUUUCAGAUGUCAUUUUUUUCCCCCUUCCUUAAAUGUAAUAUUAUAAUACAGUACUCAAGUUUUUUGUUGGCCCUAUGCCUGCUAUUAAAAACAAAGAAAGCCCAAUAAUAUCACCGCCUUUGCAGAUACACAAUUUUGAAUGAUGCCACAAGGUAAAUGGUCAUGACACUCACUUUUGAUCAUUCUAUAAAGUUUUUGAAAUAAAUUUCCUGGUCUUGAGUGAUUUUACUGUAAGUCCUGGGACUUCUGACCACGGUCACUGUUGUUUAAGAAAGGCCAUUGGUGUAUUUGUAUCCAUCAACAAACUUAAAUGUUUUCAAAUCACUGGGUCUUCUUACUCAACGGCCACGGGUUAAUACUGUUUUAAAGAAGGGCCAUCAACAAUCGUUUGGAAGAAAUUAGCCUAAAUCUAAAUGCAAUUAGCCUAAAUCUAAAUGCAAUUAGCCUAAAUCUAAAUGAAAUUAGCCUAAAUCUAAAUGCAAUUAGCCUAAAUCUAAAUGCAAUACGGGUUGCACAUUUUUUCUCCAUUAAAAUGUGUCUUCAUUAAACUUCAAAUGGAUAUCGUCCCCACUUAUCUAUCAGGUAUUACAGUUAAAAGUUAUUUUUAAAAAUAUUAGUAUUGAGGUGUAGCUUCUUAGUAUAAGUGACUACCGGUAACGGUACUUUAAAAAAAAAAACAAAUAUCAUUAGUACUUUUUUUUUUAAACCUUAUGCCAAUAAAAUGAUGUGUAUUUUAUACGAUUUUAUGUUUCUUUAGUUUUGUCAAUUUAUUUGUUGAGUUUGCUUGUUGAUGCUUUAUUCGGUGUUAUAUGUUGGCUUUUACGUUGAAUUGCAUGGUACACAUUUAAAUUUAGUCAUAGAAGUUGUUCACUUCUUGCAUGCAUACUAUUUAUCGGACAGGUUCCCAACCCUUUUUAAUGUUGCCACCUAUUUUAAAGUAGCAAAGACACCCGCGUCUCCCAUAAAGACGACUAAAAGAAAGCAAAUCAAAAUUAGAUGUGUCACCAUAAAAUAAUUAAAACUGAGUUUAACAUAAAUAUUUAAUACGAUGAAUGAAGUUGUUACAGGUUAACACGCUUCCAAAUUCGUGUUUAAUCUGUUAUCGUUAUCAAAUGAAGUUGAAGUGUUUAAAAUCUAUUCUUACUCAUACGAUGAUUUAUUGAAGCGUAUAGGAGAAGACAUAUUAUGAUGACACCCCCUCUCCCCCCCCCCCAAGAAAAUCCCUGCAACACCGCUUUGGGUGGCAAACCCAUAGGUUGGGAUUCCAUGGUUUAUCAGCUAUUAACAAAUGAAGUUGAAGUGUUUAAAAUCUAUUCUUACUCAUUACGUGAUUUAUUUAAGCGUAUAGGAGAAGACAUAUUAUGAUGACCCCCCCCCCCCCCCCCCCCCCCAAGAAAAUCCCUGCAACACCGCUUUGGGUGGCAAACCCAUAGGUUGGGAUUCCAUGGUUUAUCAGCUAUCUUAGUCUAAGAGCUGUAUUUUUGAUUUAUGCACAUAUGAUUACAUAAAUUAUGAUAAAUAUAUUUUUAAGUUAUCAAACACUACCAAUGAACACUAUGAUGAUAGCAACAUUUGUUGGGAUUUAAAAUAUAUAAUCCAUAACAGUUACUACUAUUAUAAGAAGUUAACAAACUAAUUACACUAACGUUGAUUUUGACCUCGUAAAUUGAUUUAUUGUCACUAUAGAUUUAUUAAGACUAAACUAAAAAAAAAAUCAAUGAAAUCUCAGGCUAUAAACAAGUUCCAAUGGAUACUGACCUGAACUACUGUAGUCAAUCCAUGUAGGGGCGGACAUGUGGUGACACUAACCAUUAGAUGGCAUUUUGGGACCGUUCAAUCUAGGAUUUUACACGUAAGACUAGAAAAGUAGAGAAUUCUUUAGUGCGGCUUUCACUAUCAAGUCGCUUUAGUUUAAGAACACACGUAGUAUCAAUGACAGAAAUAAAACUGUUUUGGUACCGGUACGUGAUAAAAUUAUCACAAAAUGUGAAUUAAACCUAGAAAUUGAAUGAAAACUAUUCCAAUUUCAUUUUUAAAAAAACAAAAAACUACGUGAAUUUACGUUAUUGAGCAUUCAUUUCAUUAAAUUAUUAAGCAAAAAUUUAUUUUGACGAAUGAAUUAAGAGAUCUCUUUCAAAACAAUAAUAUAACCAUGGCCAUAUAGUAAAAAAAAAAAAUUGGGGGGGGGGGCACCCCGAGCACAAAAAAAAUACCCCCCCCCCAAAAAAAAUUGUACCGGUAUUUUAAUAAUUUUGGGAGGUGAAAAAAAAAAAAAAAAACCAUGGCCAAAAAAAAAAAAAAAAAAAUUGGGGGGGGGGGGCACCCCGAGCACAAAAAAAAUACCCCCCCCCCAAGAAAAUAUGUACCGGUAUAUUAAUAUAUUUGGGAGGUGGGUGCCCUAAACUUAGCCUUUCCACGCCCCUGAUUAUGAUCUUAACGUACCCCUUUAUAUGAUCGAGAAGUAAAAUGAUAAAAUUGUUUGUUAGUUUUGUAAGUAGCUAUAUGUGAUCGACGGACCAUAAAGCUUUUGCGAUCCUUAAAUGUUGCCAACUGUCACUCCCCCUUCCUGUUUUACUUAAUUAAGUGAGUCGCCCUUCUUUUGGUACCUUGUUGCUCCUUAACUGCUUGCUCUCAGACAUAGAACUAAAGCCUAAAGAACCGAUGAUGGAGGUCACUGACCAGGAGGGACAAUGCUCCUGCCUGUUGUAAACACUGCUCCUGCUAGACCACACCACAGCUGAAUCUCAACACGUCGAAAGCCGAUCACAAACUAUUCCAAUUCAUUUUGUGCUUUUUUGUGGGUUAUUUAAAUACAUGUACGUUUAAAAAAAAAAAAAAAUUACCUAUGCUUGUUUUCCUAAUGAUAUUGUAGAAUACAACUUGUUACGAACGGUUGAAAAAAAAAAACAACAACCAACCACACCAAUAGUUGGUGAUCAGCACUGGAGAUGGGAUAUUACAUACCUUGUCCCUAUGGUUGUAAGGAAAGUAGUGUAAUACUAGUACUCUAGUUGUGGGUGGAAGGGUACUGGCAUUUGGGUUCAUUGGUGGUAUGUGCACUUGGGGCGCCAAUUCCUAAAUCCACCCAUGGGACUUUAGCAUAUACUCCAUCAAUCAAAAUCAAAUUGACAGAGCUGUCUCCCAUUAAAUCUUCUUUGAUCAAACAUGCCGAGGGAGUUAUCUCCUCGUAGUCUUCUUUGAUAAAAUGAAUUUCGAAGUGAUCUCCCCUUGAAUUAUCCCGUUUCCAUGACUGAUACUGGUACUGCGUAGCAACAUACAUCGUCUGCUCAAAUAAAUCUGAAUCAAGAUGAGGGAGUGGGGUCGGGGUGCGCAAGUGACAGAAUCCGUGGAAUAGUCGCUUUUGAGUAAAUUAAUACAUAUAUAUUAAUUAAUUAAUUUAUAUAUCAUUAUAUAUAUUAACUAAUAUAUUUAACCAUGAUUGGCUGUCAUAUUAAGUUAGCCUAAAAUAUGAGCCUGAUAAUGUUUGAAGUUGAGAAUAGGCAGACAUCUUGACUUAAGACUUAAGGUAAACAAAAAAAUGUAAAUCUUCUUUUGAGCACACACUUUUUUUUUGUACGGUACGUCACAUAAAUUUAAUCUGAAUCAAAAAAUUGAAUGUAUUUUUGGCUUAAAAAGGUGAUCCAUGGAUUCUGUUAUUUAAGGUUUUUCAUCCAUUUAUGUAAUAUACAUCCAUAUUUAUAACAUGUCCAUUUAUUUGUUUAUUAGAAGGCCACUACACAUGUCAUCAUCUCAUGGAUGUCAAUUAUCAAGUUCUAUUUUACUUUAUAGAUCGGUGUUUCUAACAUUUCUUGACUCCUUCCCAAGCCCGUUGGGCAGUAUGUACAUUUGUCCUUAAGCAACAUCUGUCAGUCACACAUAAUGAUAUAAACAUCCCCUAAAUCACAAAUAAAAUAAAAAAAGGCUGCGACUAUUCGCACCCGGGUACCAGAAGUGAGAGGUUGGGAUUAAAGAACUAUUUAAACUAUUAUUAUUGGGUUUGUAAGACAUGAGGUAUCAAAUGAAAGACAGUUGAAUGGACUAUAUGUCUGUAAUCUUGCUUCUUCAGGUGAACUAAAAUAAACUACCACAAAUGACAUCCGAAUAGCAUUGAGUCUAAAGGGACCCGGUUCCGAAUGGCGGCGCUGCGUGUCCUGGUCCAUUUUGACUCACUUCGAUGAAAACAACAACCCACAUAUCUUUUACGAGAACUUUCAAAAUUAUCUUUAAGUCAACUACUUGCACCAAAGCGCA